UGUGGAGACACAGCUAGCAGUCUACCGACAGCUUUUAUGCGUCAAAAGCUAAACCCCGGUGCUCCCUUUUCGGUGUUUCUGUAUCGACUAAAAAGCCAUUGGGCGAGGUAUGGUGAGCUCAUAUUUGGAUAUAUUGAUCUUGAAAGGUAGGAGAAGCGGCGGAGAGCUCGACAUUUGACUAUCCAGCCCGUCUGCGCGGAGAGACUGCUGUUGUCUAAGUGUCCGGAAGUUGUAAGGGGGAAAAAGUGAGAAAGGCAUGAAAAAAAGGAGCUGGAAGGAACCUCUGAGCAAACUUCUGCUGCGAGCACAGUGAAACGCCGGUCUCCUGUUGAAAACCUCACCGAGCGGAUAGUUACUACCUCUUAUUGCAGUUCUCUUAUAAUUAUCCGUGUGUAUUCAUUUACCGAUGGGUCUACCGACGCUGGAGUUUAGUGACUCUUUCCUGGACAGUCCGGAGUUCAGAGAGCGGCUGCAGUGCCAUGAAAUAGAACUGGAGCGCACCAACAGGUUUAUAAAAGACCUUAUCAAGGAUGGAAACAUGCUCAUAUCUGCCCUCAGAAGUCUUUCUCUCGCUGUCCAGCGCUUCUCACAGUCUCUACAGGAUUUCCAGUUUGAGUGUAUUGGAGAUGCUGAGACUGAUGAUGAGAUCAAUAUCGCUCAGUCCUUAAAGGAGUUCUCGCAGCUCUUGAGCACCAUGGAAGAGGAGAGAAAACGACUGAUCCAGAAUGCCGAUGACGUGUUGAUCUCACCACUCGAGAGGUUUCGUAAGGAGCAGAUUGGAGCUGUGAAGGAGGGAAAGAAACAGUUUGACAAGGAGACAGAAAGGUACUACUCUGUUCUAGAUAAACACCUCAGCCUUUCCUCCAAAAAGAAGGAAUCACAGCUAAACGAGGCUGAUUCACAGAUGAGUAAAGACCGGCAGGUGUUUUAUGAUGCAUCGCUGCAGUAUGUCUUCAAGAUCCAACAGGUGCAGGAGAGAAAGAAGUUUGAAUUUGUGGAGCCAUUAUUAGCCUUCCUGCAGGGCUUGUUGACGUUCUACCAUGAGGGCUACGAGCUGGCCAGUGAGUUUGAACCCUACAAGCAGCAGCUUCAGUUUAACCUGCAGAAUGCUCGCAACAACUUUGAAAGUACACGUGUGGAGGUUGAGAGGCUGAUGAAGAGGAUCCGAUCCGCAGAAGAGGACUUCAAAGCCCCUGGCUGCUUCACAAUGGAGGGAUAUCUGUACAUACAAGAGAAACGUCCACUGGGCAGUGUGUGGACCAGAUACUACUGUACAUAUGAAAAAAGCUCUAAGAUGUUCACCAUGAGCAACACAGAGGCCAGACCAGCCAGCAGACAGAACGGAGUGGUGAAUGGGACACCGGAGAUGUUCAAGCUGCGCUCGUGUGUCAGAAGAAAAACUGAUUCCAUCGACAAACGCUUCUGCUUCGACAUCGAGGUGGUGGAGAGGCAUGGCGUCAUCACCCUGCAAGCACUCUCUGAGGCCAACCGGCGCCUGUGGAUGGAGGCCAUGGAUGGAAAAGAACCUAUCUACACACUGCCCUCAUUACUCAGCAAAAAGGAGGAGACAUUUCUCAAUGAGGCAGGCGUCAACUUUGUGAGGAAGUGCAUUGAGGUGGUUGAAAUGAGAGGCAUCACCACGCUGGGACUGUACAGGAUUGGAGGAGUUAACUCCAAAGUGCAGCGGUUGAUGACGAGUGUGUUUGCGUCCACUGCACCCUCUGACACACAGCUGGAUACAGACGCCUGGGACAACAAGACCAUCACUAGCGGCCUCAAGAAUUACUUCAGGUGUCUGGCAGAGCCACUCCUGACCUACAGACUGCACAAAGAAUUCAUCAAGGCUGCAAAGUACGAUGACCAGAAGCAUCGAGUGAGAGCGAUUCAUGCUCUUGUUCACAAACUACCAGAGAAAAACAGAACAAUGCUGGACCUCUUAACCAAUCACCUCCUCAAGGUCUCCUCUCACAGUGACCAGAACAUGAUGACCGUGUCCAACCUGGGGAUGAUCUUUGGCCCCACGUUGAUGAGGUCACAGGAAGAGACAGUGGCCGCCAUGAUGAACAUCAAGUUUCAGAACAUUGUCGUGGAGAUUAUCAUUGAAAAUCGUCACAAAAUCUUUGGUGAGGCCCCAGACCUUUCAGUGCCGUUACCUCCGGCUCCAUCCUCUCGGGCGACUCCUCGGAGGAACAAAGCCAUCUGUCUGUCAUCUGGAAAGAGGAAGCCGCGCCUCUACCCUCCAGCUCUCUGCCUCGCAGACAACGACAGUGACACAUUCAGCAGCAGCUCCAGCACAACUCCGAUGGGCAGCCAGGAGUCUCUGUCCUCACACUCAUCUGAGAAAAACGGAUUGUCUCAGACCUCACCACCUUCCUCUCCUGCUGCAGAGCCCGGCUCGUCCUCCACAGCACAGCCGUCUCCACCUGAAGUUUCCUCCUGCUCCCCGUCCCACAUUUCCUCAAACGGGAAGGAUCAAAAACGGCCAACAGACAGCGCUGCCUCCCCUCAGCUCCCGCCUUCCUCUUCCUGGACUUCCUCGCAGCUCACCCCGGCCCAGAAGACCUCCUCUGUGUCCUCUUCCACAUCCUCUUUACUCUCUGCAGCAGAGAGGAGUCCGUCUGUCAAAGGAAACUCAGCGGCCUCCUUGUCAUCUGUGAAGGAGUCCAGGUCUGCCUCCAGAGCCUCCUCGUCAAUCGUUUCCACCCUGACCUCCUCCAACGAGGAGGGCAGGGUGGCUCGACAGGUUCAGAGAAUGUCAUCUGUCUCUUCUCUGAAGAGCACUCAUUCAGUGGAUCAAAGAAACACAUCCUGUGCCUCCUCCACUGUCACAGAAACCAGAGCAACAGACACUACCUCCCCUUCUCGGCAGCACAGAACUUCUUACAGGACUGCCUCCUCAUCCUCUUCCUCCUCCUCCUCCUUGUUUCCCUACCACCUUUCCACAUCCUCCUCUCUCACCUCCCUGCACAUCUCGGAGGGUGCGUUCUUCUGUGAUUACAAAAGCUGUCACGGAUCGGUACAGAGUCUCAUGUCGCUUGACCAACACGAGGCAACACACAUACGUAAACCUUCACACAUGCGCUGUGGUUCCGAUCUGACCCCGAAACUCUCUGCAGCAACAUCAAGCAACGGUUACCAGAGGCCAGGAUCAAUAUUAUCAAUCAGAGCACCGCAGCGCGAGAGUUCAGUUUUCUCCUCAGCAUUAGAUAUUUGUUCCUCAGGAAGGGAAGCAAAAGCUCUGUAUUCAUGUGAGGCAGAGCACAGCCAUGAGCUCAGUUUUCCACAGGGGGCGCUGUUCUCAAACGUUCACCCAUCUGUGGAGCCAGGUUGGCUUCAGGCGACAUACAAUGGCAAGACAGGUCUCAUACCUGAAAACUACGUCACGUACACCUGAGAAACCACGAUGACCUCAUCACAUCACUGAAUAACACAACGAUCUAACAUAGAUUUUAGGGACCUAACAGUUGCACACAGUAAUACUCUGUGCUGCUGAUCAAAGAUGUAAUAUAUUUAUCAUGUCACUGUUAUCACUGAGCAGUAUGUCUGACUACUGUGGCUGGAUAUGAAUGACUGUAUACUGUAUUUAUAUCUGACUACUUUAUCUUAUGUGUCAUUAACCAGCAUGUAACGCAGUAGAUGUUAAUAUCUCGUCUAUCGUCAUGUUUUAAUAUGUGACAGUUCUACCUAAUCAACUAUCAGCUCCUCUGUACUGUUUGUGUUCUUGCUGCGACUGUGAGAGUGCUGUAGAUACAUGAAAUGUGUGUCUUCUAGUGGUUUAUCCACAACAAGGUACAAGGCUAUUGAGCUUGGUAAUUUAUAUGUUUGUAAAUUAUCUUAUUAGUGUUAUAACUAUGUGUACAGUGUUCAGACCUUUGUGUCUGGAGCAGUAUGAACAGGUGGUGUAAGACUGAAUCCUGCCAAAACACCUUCUUGCUGCCGUCUCUGUCAGUUCUCCUCAUGACUAAAUAAAGAGCCAAUACAGUACUUACUUACUU